GAUCUCCUUCCUCCGGUGCGGGACGGGCGGCCGGGCGCCUGCUGUGGCGAGGGGGCGAGCCCUCUCCUCGGCGGGACGGUGGGUCGGAGCCCCGAGUCUCCGCUCCGCGCGGGACCAAACCUCGUGUUGGCCUGUGCGUGUGCUCUGGCGUACUUGGAUGAGCUGUGGGGUUUGUCCCACAUUGUUGUCUGCGUGCCCAGAGGGUAGGAAACAGACAACGUCAGCCGUGCUCUUUCCCCCUGCCUUCUACCUUCCUCCUGUCCACCAAACGCGGAGUGCAGAGCUGCUGAGAUUCACAGCGUCCCUGAGGUUCACUGUAUCAAGAAGAAUUGGCUUGGCCCACACAUUGUUAAUGUCAGAGUGUGAAGAAAAGAGCGGAGCAUGAAGAAUUUUGACAGCUGCCUUGGGAAUGGUUGAAAGGAAGCCUGCGCUAUAAUUGGUCUGCUGAGUUAGCAUUUCAAUUGGCCUAACCUGGACCACCUCAGCAGGAGGAGGCCUUUGAAAUCCCUAGAGCCUCAGCUUUGGAAGGCAGCAUGCCUCCACCCCACCCGUACACCCCUUACACAGGGUUGGAAAGGCUUGGCGAGCUUUUUCUUUUUUAGCCUUCAGACGCAGUUAGCUGUCAGUCGGUUUUAGUCAUUUGUAAGCUACUGUGCUCUGUGUUCUCUUAGGGAAAAAGAAAACAAAGCAGAACUGUAUUCAGAGCCUUUGCUCCCCUUGUGGCAUGGCAGAAGCAUUCCUGCUGCGGAAAGUCAUUGCAGUUCAGCUCCCAACUUAUUCUUUGGACUGUCUUUGUGUUAAUGGUUGCCACUUAAAAUGACAACUUAAAAUGACAACAUUUAAACGAGAGCCAGCACUAAAUAAAACAAAUACCUCUUUAAGGAGAGAUGCAGUGAGAAACACACUGCUUAAAAUAGGAGAAAGGUGGCUUGUUUAAUCCGCAUGUUUUGUAGUCAUUUGUUUUGUUUUUUGUUUUUUUCUUGGUGUGUUUUAGCGAAAGAACCUAAGUAAUAGUUGGGUGAUUAAUGUGAUACACAGUUUUCUUUGAUAGUUAUCAUUCUGCUUGACCUUUAUUAGCUGCUUUUGGGAAUCAAACCUAACAUAUUUAAGCCAGUUAAAACAGCUGAAGGGCAAUGUCAUUAGAUUUGAGGUGUUUCAGCCUAUAAAUCAGUAGUAGAAUCUCAGAAUUUUUGGCAUUCAAUCAGGUAUAUAGCUUAGUGGUGGAAAGCAAACUCAGCAGUGUGAGUAAAGCCCUCAGUACAGGGACAGAAAGAGAGAUAUUUAUACUUUCUUUCUAGUCUUGGGCUGAGACUUAGCUGCACUUCUUUAUAAUCUUGAAAUAGGGAAAUAAUUUUAAUUACUGCUCUUGGAAUUUGGUAGCAAGCAAAGUAGCAUUGGGGUUUUCAUUGAUCAGCGACUCUUAUGCAUAGAAUACAGGUCCAUAUUGCUAAUGCCUAACUUCUUCCCCCAUGAUGUUAACUUAAAAACUACUUUGUUUUAUUUGCAUGGAAGCAAUUGUUGAACUUAGUUUUUUCACUAACAUUUGAGUCUUAGUAGGUUCUAGACAUCUUUGUGUUUUCUAAGCUAUUGCAGAUCCCAGCCUCCUGCUAGAAUAAUCAGUGGAGAGGAAGAUUUUUCAAGAAAGAAGUGCCUGGCUUGGUUUUAUGAGUAUGCAGGUCCUGAUGAAGUUGUAGGGCCAGAAGGAAUGGAAAAAUUUUGUGAAGACAUUGGUGUUGAACCUGAAAAUGUGUGACUGCACAGAAAAGUUACAGAGCAGGUUUGAUUUUCUGCGCUCACAGCUGAAUGACAUCUCAUCAUUUAAGAAUAUCUACCGAUACGCCUUUGAUUUUGCAAGGGAUAAGGAUCAGAGAAGUCUUGAUAUUGAUACUGCUAAGUCUAUGUUAGCGCUGCUGCUUGGGAGAACGUGGCCACUCUUUUCAGUAUUUUACCAGUACCUGGAGCAAUCAAAGUAUCGUGUUAUGAACAAAGAUCAGUGGUACAAUGUAUUAGAAUUCAGCAGGACAGUUCAUGCCGAUCUUAGUAACUACGAUGAAGAUGGUGCUUGGCCUGUUCUUCUUGAUGAAUUUGUGGAGUGGCAAAAAAUCCGUCAAACAUCAUAGCAAGAACUGUUGUGAAGAACAUACAGAUCUCGUGAAGAAAAUGCAGGAAGAGGGAGGAUAUACAAGGGGCGUUUUCACUCACGAAAGACUCCUCAUAGUACUUUUUCCUUUUUUUAAAGGAAGUUUUCUUGUUACAUGUGAUGGGCAUUGAGCCACACGUCUUCUGAGACUGAAUAUUGACGUUUUUGUUUCAAGUUAUGUUUUUAACAUUUAUUUCAGAACAAUAAAGAUUCAGAUUUGUGACAAAGGC